CCCGUAGCAGCCACAGAAAAUCUCGAGGAAGACCACUACUCCACCUUCUCCUCCUCUUCGUCUUCCCCAGCCCCAGCCCGUUACUCUCCCUACCCGCUCCUCGCCGUCUUCCCAAUCGCCGCCGCCUUCCUCCUCCGCCGCCGCAGCAAUCGUCUCCUCCUCCGCUGUCCAGAUCUGCUCUGUCGCACGGUCUGCCACCAGCCCAGCUCCCAGAUUCGCGUGCGCUCAUACCCCCGCUGCCCUGCGAGAUCCGCCACCGUCGUCUCGGCAUCGCAGCUCCUCCGUCGGAGGUGAUCCCCCUCCCUACGCCCCUCCGGCGUGCCUUCAGAGCUUACAAUAUUCUGCGAGACAGCGACAAUACGGUUGAUGCAAGCCAGCUUGGGUAGCUUUGUAGCAUCUGCUUUGUUAUUGUCUUCGCCAAUAUAAGCCUUUGGACCAAAGGAUCUUUGUUAUUUACACUAUGCAAUAAAGGAUCCUAUAACAGUUCAUGCAUUCAUCCACAAACAUAGCCAUGCUGAAGGUUAUUCUUGUCAACACCUAUAAGGUGUUAUUGACAUUGCCUUUUAUGCUCCAGUGCUGUAGAAAUUGUAAAAUUGUGGCUGUUACUUAUGAUGUUCUGUAAGUUUCAACCAUGGAGCAUGCACCACGUAGCAGGGGAUAUCCAACUGAUCCCAAGGAAUAUAAGUUAUAUGAGGAAGUUGGAGAAGGAGUUAGUGCCACAGUUUACAGGGCUCUUUGUGUCCCGCUUAAUGUCUUAGUUGCCAUCAAAGUUCUUGACCUUGAGAAAUGCAGUAAUGACCUGGAUGGAAUAAGGCGGGAAGUACAAACCAUGAGCUUAAUUAAUCAUCCAAAUCUUCUUCGUGCAUGCUGUUCAUUUGCAAAUGGGCAUCAACUUUGGGUUGUCAUGCCUUUCAUGGCUGCUGGAUCUGCCCUGCACAUUAUAAAAACAAAUUUUCCAGAUGGGUUUGAGGAGUCAGUCAUUGCUACUCUACUGUGGGAAGUUCUCAAAGCCCUUGUCUACCUACAUUCUCAGGGGCAUAUCCAUAGAGAUGUGAAGGCUGGAAAUAUCCUAAUAGAUACAAAUGGAGCUGUUAAGCUAGGAGAUUUUGGAGUGUCAGCCUGCAUGUUUGACACAGGGAAUAGGCAACGGGCAAGAAAUACAUUUGUUGGGACCCCUUGCUGGAUGGCUCCUGAAGUCAUGCAACAACUGCAUGGUUAUGAUUACAAAGCUGACAUUUGGUCCUUUGGAAUAACGGCAUUAGAAUUAGCGCAUGGUCAUGCUCCAUUUUCAAAGUACCCUCCAAUGAAGGUGUUGCUUAUGACCUUGCAAAAUGCACCGCCAGGUCUAGACUACGAGAGGGACAAGCGAUUUUCAAAGUCUUUCAGGGAUUUGGUUGCUGCAUGCCUAGUCAAGGAUCCACAAAAGCGUCCCUCUUCAGAAAAGCUGUUGAAACAUUCUUUUUUUAAGCAAGCACGAUCAGCUGAGUUUUUAGCACGGAGUAUUCUGGAGGGCCUCCCCCCACUGGGUGACCGCUUUAGGGCGUUGAAGGCAAAAGAAGCUGACUUACUUCUUAAUAACAAGCUUGGUCCAGAGAGCAAGGAGCAGCUAUCACAGAAAGAAUACAUAAGGGGCAUCAGUGGUUGGAACUUUAAUCUUGAGGACUUGAAAACUGCAGCUGCCCUUUUAGACAGUUCAAAUGGCACAUAUAGUUUUAAUGGUACCAACAAAAGGGAUGUGAAUGGCUUACGAGAAGCUUAUAAUGAAGCAGAAAAUGUUUACCAGGAAAGGGUCAACCAUGGUGCUUCUGCAAGGCAUGUGGAGGAUGAAAUACAAGAAGUCGAAGAUUUGAAUGGAGAGCUUGCCUCUUCUUUUCCUACCCGUCCUCUUGAGGCACUAAAGUCUUGCUUUGAUGUUUGUGGGGAUGGCAUUCUGGACCCUACUGCUACGAAUUUGCGUGUGCAACCAAGCGCGGAACCUAUAUCACCGGUUCAGCAGUCCUCACAAAUUGAGCAUGAUAGAAGUUCCAACUGUAAUGGUGAAAGUCUGGAAAGAAGUGUUUCCGUACCCUCGAAUUUGGGAAAUUCUGUAUAUCAAAAGUUCUCAAGUGGUUCUCUAAUUCCUGAGCAUGUUCUUUCUCCAUAUAGGAAUGUUGGCAGUGAUUCACAAAGGAGUGAGUUCCAUCAGAGAAGUCAAAGCACCAGGAACCGUAGUGGCCCUUUGUUGUUCCGCCAAAUGAAGGAUUCACGCCCUCAUCCGUCUGUUGCACCUGAUGAGCCAUCGGAAGGAAAUGUUGUCCACCGAAGGGGUCGUUUCCAGGUCACAUCAGAUAAUCCUGCUCAAAAGGUAGCUCCUUUAGCGAGCAGCAGCAGGGUAAAUCUAGCCAGUGGAGUUACACGUCCAAUUUCCAACUCAUCCACAGUUCUUCCAACAUUACAAUUCUUGAUGCAGCAAAAUACUAUGCAGAAGGAAAUACUAAGUAGACUGAUAUCUUCAAUUGAGGAAACAUCUGAUGCUUCUGAUGCAAGUAUAGUUGGUCCGUCGCAGUCAUCUGGAACGCAUUCUAAAGAGAAGGAAUUGGAGUCAUAUGUUGUCAAUCUGCAGCGAAGCGUUACAGAACUCGCUGAAGAAGUGCAGAGAUUAAAGCUGAGAAACAAUCAGCUGGAGAAGCAAAUCAACGCGUUGUCAAAAGAAGACGAAAGGUUGCGAAGAGAGGAUACCAAGCAAUGAUCUACAUGUAGCCCCGUUGUAUAAUCCAGUUCCCCAAUUUUGAACCUGGUUAGCGAAAUUAAUUGUAUUUUGUUUCGAUAUCAGGUAGCUGUAUCAUUGUAAUUUGUAAGUAUUUUAGCAAGUUCAAAUUAUAGGAUAUUUUAUUUGUACAGCGAGCUUUGUGUUAUUGGUUUGGAUUAGUCUCUCUCAACUAUAAUAUAAUAUAUAGACAGUUCUUACUCUGCUA